UCUCUAGUCAAUAUGUUCAGCGUUAAAGGACUCGUAGAAAAAGGUUCGCUAACAUCCAUUCCAUCCAAGUUUGUAAUGGCCUCCGUCCCCAAACAAGACAUUCUUUCAGAAGUUGAAGUAAUCCCCACCAUUGAUUUCUCCCAACUGACAUCUGGUACUCCUGAUCAGCGGUCCAAAGUCAUCCAUGAUAUUGGAAGUGCAUGCCGUGAAUGGGGAUUCUUUAUGGUAAUCAACCAUAGUGUCCCGAAAAAGGUGAUGGAUGAUAUGCUGAAAGCAACUGAGAGUUUUUUCGACUUAGCAGAAGAUGAGAAGGGAGAGUACAGAAACAAACAACUGUUUGAUCCAAUAAGGUAUGGAACAGGCUUUAAUGUCUCAAUGGAAAAAGCCUUCUGGAGGGAUUAUCUGAAGGUGCAUGUUCACCCCCAUUUCAAUGCCCCGCAUAAGCCCCACGAGUUCAGAGAGAUUUCACAAGAAUACUGCAAAAGAGCUAGAGAGGUGGCCAGUGAACUGUUUAGAGCAAUAUCCAUAAGCUUGGGAUUAGAAGGAAACUACAUAAACAAGGCAAUGGAGAUUGGUGAGGGAUCACAGCUUCUUGUUGUUAAUCUUUACCCACCAUGCCCAAAGCCAGAAAUCGCAAUUGGCCUCCCACCUCAUUCAGACCAUGGCCUAUUGACCCUUCUCAUACAGAAUGAGGUCAGUGGCCUUCAAGUAGUGCACAAAGGGAAAUGGGUGACAAUCAGCCCCCUGCCUAACUCCAUCCUUGUGAACACUGGAGAUCAUAUGGAGAUUCUAACAAACGGCAGGUACAAAAGCGUCGUACACCAAGCUGUGGUGAACAACAAAGCCACCAGGCUAUCCAUCGGCACCGCUCACGGACCAACUCUUGACAAAACUGUACGUCCUGCGCCUGAGCUGGUGGAUGGUGAAAGCUUCCCACCAGCGUACCGUGGGAUUACAUACCGGGAGUACAUGGAGGUUCAGCAGAGCAAUGAACUUAAGGGAAAAUCGUGCCUGGAUCGAAUUCGAAUUUGAAUUUUAUAUACUGAUUGGCAUUUGUUCUCAAUUAUAAUUGUGCUAUUAUAAUUUGUGUUAAAGUUUUCGAAAAGAGUAAUGUUAUAUCAACUUAAAAAAUAGACUUAAUAAUCUCAACUAUUGAAUAAGUAGUGGGUCCCAAUAAAUGCUGGAAUCCACAAUAAAAUCAAUGGUUGAAAUUAUCAAAUCUAAUUUUUAAGUUCAUAUAGUAUUACUGUUUCGAAAAUUAAUGUAGUUCAAAAAGAUUCUGUUUGAUUCUAGCAGUAAAGACUUCUAAGGGCUGUUUGACAAGGGAAUAUGGGGACUUGACAAAAUGAAUUUGGGAAAAAUAGUUAAAAGGAGCCCCAAAUUUCGUGUUUGUAUUAAAAAUUUAAUCCUAGGUUCCCAAACCCGUC